AUGCCUUUUGUCACGACUACCGCCGCGAAAGACGAUCAAUGCCCGUUGCACAACAACCCGGUAUCUAUCUAUCUAUCUAUCUAUCUAUCUAUCUAUCUAUCUAUCUAUCUCAGUCUGUUCGUAUCUAUCUAUCUAUCUAUCUAUCUAUCUAUCUAUCUAUCUAUCUAUCUAUCUCUUAAUAUCUCUGUGUGCGUAUCUAUCUAUCUAUCUAUCUAUCUAUCUAUCUAUCUAUCUAUCCAAAUUUUAACAUCAAUCUUUCAUCUCUAUAUAUUUUAUCAUUCCGAUCUAACUACCCUAUCUAUCUAUCUAUCUAUCUAUCUAUCUAUCUAUCUAUCUAUCUAUCUAUCUACAAGGGUUGUUACGGCGAAAGAAUCUAUGGAGAUUGUUUCUUGUUUCUUGUUUGUUGUUUCUUCUUCUUCUUCUUCUUUUUCUUCUUCUUCUUCUUCUUCUUCUUCUUCUGACUCUGACUCUUCUUCUGACUCUUCUACUUCUGACUCUUCUUCUUCUUCUUCUUAUGACUCUUCUUCUUCUUCUGACUCUUCUUCUUCUUCUUCUUCUUAUGACUCUUCUUCUUCUUAUGACUCUUCUUCUUCUUAUGACUCUUCUUCUUAUGACUCUUUAAAAUCUCUCUCUUUCUCUCUCCCCCCUCUCUCUUUCUCCCCCCUCUCUUUUUCACUCUUUUAUCUAACUUCACUUACUCAUAUUUCCCUCUCUUUCUUGUCUCUCGCUCAUCCUUGUGUCUCCCUUUCUUUUUCUGGCGCCAUUUUACUUGGCGUUCAAACCAGCCUUUCUCAACGCCCAAGGAACAUGUCGCGCGACCUUCACCAACGGUUUAUCACCAAUGCAAUAUUCUACGCUACUAACAAACCAAGUCCUCUGCAAUCUUUUCUAACGACUCACUUGUUGGUCACAGAAAAACUGAAACAGAUGGCACUGCACCAUUCUGGUAAAAACCAGAGUGACACAAUUUUACGAGACUAUAUCAAUGAUCACAAAGAAAGUGUUAAGCCUGCGACAAGACGCGUGUCACAAGAAUCGGUGGUUGUGUUUGCUAUGUUGGUGUUUGUUGGGCUGCUCAUUUGCGCAGUUUUCUCUGUCGCAAACCAAUCUGCUAGGACCAGAAGUAGCUCAGUAGGGUCGUCUUUCGAUAUCUAUGAAGGUAACCCGUAUAGACUGGAUCGUCACAGACAUCGGAAUAGGUCUGCCAGAGCGCAUUCGCCAAGUUAA